UUGCAUGCAAGUGAGAGAGAGAGAGAGAGUGAGAGAGCGAGAGAGAGAGGGAGGGUUUCUGCUGUUCUGAGGGAAAGAGUGGGAUUCCCAUUUCUAGUAUCAUGACAAAGGUGACUUGAGACAUACUGGAAAGGAGUGAAACUCCACAUGCAGCCUGGAUAUUAACAAAUUCUUUCCCUGGAGGAUUUAUUAUCUAAAAUGGACUAUAUCUGAAAAAAAAAAAACAACUGCCUUCACAUUUGAGAUUUACUGCAUUUGAUUUGGAUUUGAAGGGUUCUUCUGCUGGUCGAGUAGUCAUGAAAGGUCUCCAAACACUGAGUGAAAUGCCUCACUAAAAGUUUCCUCUGAGUGGUUGUGAUCCAGCAUGUAGCAGAGGUGAACAAGUCCCUUCACGCCUAAGAGCAAUCCGACAACGUAAGUCCCCUUCUUUUUAAUGCGCUGCUCAUCUGUUAGAGAUGAAUUUCAGGCGGUCUGCGUUGUCAUAUUUUCUCUGACUUGGUCCCUCCCAAAUGCACUGAGUGAAGAUUUGACCCGGGGUUACAUUCAUGCAAUCUGUUGAUGCCACCCAGGAGCUGACGAAUGGCUUUGACUGACCAUCUGACGGGCUGAGAGGCACUUUUGGAAGUCGCCUCUUUUUUAAGCCACUAGUCUUUGAACAAUAAACUGCUUCUCCCCGGUUGAGUCCCCUCAUUAUGUUUGACCAUCCAUCAAGCCGCCGCUGACUCACCUGAAAUACCGCCCUGCCACUACAGCUGACCUCAGCAACCACCCCAGAAACAUCCGUUAAGUGACCUCUGCCACAGUCACGCUGUAUUUUAUGUUGCGCAGGUGAUAAAAGGUAAUUCUCUGUGUUCACCUCCGGCCUAUACGCAAGGUUAAUGACAAAUCUGUCCGCCGUGGCUUGAGGGUCAGUCAGCCAAUGAGGCCUCUGGAGCCUCUUUUGACUUCACAAUCGAACAAGCAGUGGCUGCUUAAAAACACCCUCAGGCACUCGUUUCUUUUCUCAUUUUUAUUUUUUUUCACCCCCUCUGUCUUUAUCCCUCUGUGCAGCCACAUCAGUUAAGCAAGUAAUACUGUAGCUUCAUUCUCUUAAGCUGCUUAUCUCUUUUGACAGCACAGUCAGGCACUGUUAAUCUAGUCUUUUGUCUGGGGUUGGCCAGAUUCCUCCCCAGGAAGGUCGUUAGGUAAACAUGGGCUCUGGAACCUGUCCAGGCGUGGGCAAAGUGAGACCUGGGAGGAGAGAGCCAGCUCCAACUUGAUUCCCACCCUGCCCAUUAUUGACAAAACACAAAGGUUCAGGGUUCCUGUGAGACCAAAAGACACUGUGUACCUAGAUAUUGAUUCACUGACAUAUUCAGUGUGUGCUGCAGACGAACAAACAGACUAACUAAAGAAAAUUGAAUAUCUUUGGCUUUUGGACUGUUGGACCUCACCUUGGGGUCUUUCUGACAUUUUUAUAGAGAACACCACUCAGUCGAUUAUCUGAGAAAAUAAUUACAUUCAUCGAUAAUGAAAGGAAUUGUUAGUUGCAGCCCUAACGGAUUGUUAAAAGUAUUUGUCAUUACUUAAGUUACAAAUCAAAUAAAUGACUGAUUUUUUAGUGAAAAAAAACAGCUGCAAGUGCAAAAUAUACCUUAUAUUAUUUCAGUUUUGUAAAGUGUUUCUAUCAUGUUUUUACUCAGCAAAAAAGUUUCUAAUUCGUGCACCUUUUGGAAAUUAAUACUGUUUUUGCAGGCUGUUUUAUAGUAACACAUUCAAAUAAACAUCUACAAUCCAAGGCAAAAAACGUGUUAAAAUAUUACUAAACUCUGACCAUAAGUUUAGGUAACACCUGACUUUCGUCAAAAGUAAGGCUACAACACAUAACCUUAUCAUGCAAGUGCUUCAACAGCUUUUCCCAAACAGCUGAAGUUUUCGAGCUGGGCCUCCUGAUGAACCACAACACUGGUCUGCACCAGUCAAAUGUAGUCCAAGGACAAACACGGGAGGCACAUCAGGCCAAACUCAGUGUCAGGAAAGCAGCCAAAACUCCCUCUAUUUUCACUCCUGAUUACUGGCUUGGUAUGAAAAGCAGAUCGAGUGAAAUGUUAUGACGAACUGUGAAGUGGGAGUCUGAGUGGGAAGCUUCAUUGUGUGAUGAAUGGACAACGCGAUGUUGCAUGGCCAUUGGUCAGUGCUGCUUUUUCACCUCUUUCUGUCUUCACCUCCCUCCCCCCCCGUCCCAUCCCUUUUCUUGCGCUCUCUUCUUUUGAGACCUCAUGCUUGGCCCUCUGUCCAGCUGCCGCCUGCCACCAGAGAGCCAGCCAACCUCAGGCCCACACAGCCGACCCCGGCAGAUGUCCCAGAGUGGACACUGGGGUGGUGGGGGGGCACGGGGGGCAGAGCAGGCAGAGUGACACACCGGACAGAAGGAGAAAGAGCCAAAAAAAAGAGAAGAAAAAGCCAUUGGCCUUGGCCAUUAUGUUUGGGCUGACAUAGAGAAACUGUGUGUGAUUGCACGUAUACAUAUGUUGAGUGCAUGUGUGUGUUAUUAUCCAUCGUAACUUCUCUUAUUAUUUGCAGGAGCCUCUGGUGAACCAGACACAUUCAUCCCAGGACAUAACAUCGUACAGUACACUUACAUAUAGGGCUGCAACUAAAGAUAAUUUUCUUUUAUUGAUCGAUAAAUAGUUUGGUCCACAAAAUGUCAUAGUGCAAAAUUCCCCUCACAAUAUCCCAGAGCUCAAUGUGACAUAUUUCAAUUGCGGCUGAAGCACUGGUUUAUAUAUGAUUUUAAUUAGAAAGCCAACUGACGUGCACUGACCUGACCCUCUGAAGGAUACAGCUGUGUUCCAUUUGAAAACAUUUGUGUUAGACUCCUGCUGCUGGUUCGUCAUCUCUGCCGACCUCGCUCUCCUUAUGUAAGGAAAUAACCGAUGAAUAGAGAUGAACACGGCCCCAAUAACUCUGCAUUUUUCUCAUCAUCCUGCUCCUCAUUGCUCUCGCAGAUAAUGGGGAAUUCAUAUGCCGGGCAACUGAAAUCUGCUCGAUUUGAAGAGGCUCUCCACAACUCUAUUGAGGCGUCGCUGCGCUCCAGCAGUGGAGAUCCGCAGCCUAUCUUCACGCAGCUCUACCUUGAGCCAGAGCCGUAUCCAGGUAACGUGGAAGACAUAAAGCCGAAAGCCGACCUCCACGGCGGGGAGCCGCCAGGCAACGAGCUCAUGAACGGCCACUCUUCCAACGAUCCGGAAGAGCUGGAAGAGGACGAUGACUCAGACAGCAGCAGCCCUCCACUUCCCUACCUACAGGCCCCUGCACCCGACGGCUGCUGCACACUGGACGGCUUCUGUCAGGCCGGCAAGGACCUCCGCCUGGUAUCCAUAGCAACAGAGCCCAUCGAAGCCCCAGCGGGCUUCGAGCUGGUCGGUGCCAAGUCCCCCAGCGUCCCCGAGCACAUCCUGGUGUGUGCCGUGGACCGCCGCUUUUUGCCCGACGAGAAUGGGAAAAAUGCACUUUUAGGUUUUUCAGGAAACUGUGUGGGAUGUGGGGAAAAGGGCUUUAGAUACUUCACUGAGUUUUCGAACCACAUCAACCUGAAGUUAUCCACCCAGCCCAAGAAGCAGAAGCACUUAAAAUACUACCUGGUGAAGAAUUCUCAGGGUGCUCUGUGCAAAGGACCCCUCAUCUGUUGGAAAGACUGUAAAAGCCGCCAGAUCUCCAGCAGCGCGUCGACGUCCAAACCCAGCUCGUCCUCCUCUCUCAGCAGCAAAGAAAACGGAGGCGCCAGUGGACACAGCUCCUCGACCUUCUCCUUCUCAGUGGACGUUGGAUGCGGACACAGAAGAGUCUGUGUGAGUAGAAGCAUGAAGGCCAAAGGCAACCAAAUGACCAAACAGGGGAAAGGUGGGUGUGAAGGCUGCAGGGAGAUGGUGAGUGUUAUAUGUAUUUUAAAGUCCAUUUUGUUUUUACUUCCAGAUUCUCCACCCACCAGAACGACACAAGUGUCCUCUGUCUUUUUCGGGAGUCAGGACCUCGGCAGAGACUGCAGUUUCCUCAAACCUCUGUCCUCCACAUCUGGAACCAAGACUCUACCAAUAGUCCCCACAGCUCUGAGGGUGAACGGGCCGAUGAAUUGCCUGGGUGACGGGCGUCCUCCCUUACUGAGCCCCUCCCAGGUCUCCUUAGGGCCUCAAGGUCCGGCGUAUCGCACUGCUGACUUAGGAGACAGUCCUGCAUCCUCUGCCAUGAACUCGGGUCCUCCGAAGAAGCGCCACCGGAGCUGGCAUCCCAACUCGCUGGUACCCGUCCCACCGACGGCCGUCCCCGUUCCGGCCAUCCGUCCGAUAGUUUGCUCUCCGGGUGCUGUAUUAGGAAUGUCCUCUCCUCAGCCUCCGGUAGCAGGAGUCAUUCAGCCCCAACCUGUCACCGCUGGAGAGACGGUCAUCGUCCCCGACAAUCUGCUCAACUCCUCAGGAGUUCGCCCUGUCAUCCUCAUCGGGCAUGGCACUUUACCUUAUUUCUAUGGGAAUGUUGGGGACAUAGUGGUGAGCCCCCUCCUGGUCAGCUGCUACAAGAGUAGCCAGCUGACGGAGAAGACCCUGGAGACGUUGGGCCUCAACAGCAGCCAGCUUCUCUGUGUGGAGACGAUGAUUCUGCUCACUUUACAGUAUCUCGCACGUUUAGGCUUGGUGCAGAUUCCUCUGAGGGAGGAGCUGGAGCAGAUUGUUUUGAAGGCUAUGCUGUGCUGCCCCAGGGGUCCUGCCAUCUCCCCGUCUCAGCUGCCCUGGUUGGCUCGGCUGGAAGCCAGCGUCUCAGGGGGCAGUGUCCAGGUCGUCGUUACCCACAACUCUUUGGGAGAGGGCAUCUCGGAGUCACUUCGAUCUCUGAGCGAGGGCCCUCACCACCAGAAGUGCCUGCCCACCUAUGUAGUCAUUAUAUGUGCCAAUAAAAUGAGCGGCAACGAGUUCUGUGUGCUGGUUUUGGGAAAAUACCAAGCGCGGGCCUUAGCUGAAGGCAUGCUGACAACCAAUGAGUUUCUCAAGGAGAUCAGCUACGAACUCAUCACGGGGAAAGUCAGCAUCUUAGCGUCUCACUUCAAAACCACGUCACUGGGAGACAAUCUGGACAAGCAGCUGGUGCGAUACCAGCGCAGAUGGAAGGGACAGGUCAUCCAGCCCUUCCAGGGCGAUGUCACUGACCACAUCCACUCCCAGGAAGCCGCCAGCAUGUCACCACCCUCGGAGAGAGCAGAGCUUUUAAGCAAGCUCUUCCAGAUCUAUCCCACCCAGCUGAGCGUGGCUCGGAGCUUGCUCUCUCAAGUCUGCUCCAUCGCUGACUCGGGAACUCAGAACCUCGACUUGGGGCGUUUUUGUAAAGUGGACUUUCUCAUUCUGGUGCCUCCAUCUCACAUUCUGGUACACCAGACGGCACAGCGCAUCCGGCAAUCAGGAGUGCUUGUCGACUUGGGAAUCGAAGACGUCUGCUCAGCCCACCAGAAAUCAGACAAAUACGUGGUGCGUCUGGACGGCGAGGUUCACGCCAAGAUGGAAGCCUUCAUGAGGAAAGUCAAGCAGAACCCCUACACCCUGUUUGUCCUCAUUCACGACAACUCACACGUGGACCUCACAAGUGCUCUGUCAGGCUCCGUGUGCCACGGCGAGCUGCAGGGUUUGGCCGACCGGGUGGUCAACUGCCAGGAAGUCCUCGAUGCCAUGAACCUCCUGGUCCUGCAGGUCAGCUGCUUCCCGUACACACUGCAGACCCACCAGUCCCGCAUCAGCAUCCAUAACGAAGUUCACUGGCCCUCCGUCGAAAGUCUGCAGGGGGAGCAGCCUCCUAACGAGUUGCUCUACUUUGGCCUGAGGGACUACAGCAGCUCCCUGCAGUGGGGUGUGGCCAGCCCCAUUCUGCGUUGUGAUGAUGCGUUUGAGAAGAUGGUCCACACGUUGCUGGAAAGACAUCCACACCUGCACAGCAUGGUGAUCCGGAGCUACCUGCUGAUUCAGCAGUACACUGAGGCCAUGAUGGCCUUGACCUCUUCCCCGUCCCUGAGAGACCACAUAACCCCAGAGACCUUGGCCAUGGUGGAGGACCUGAUCAACGCCCCGAGCAGAGAGGGCUCCCAGGGCCGGGGCCACAUGCUGCUAGUUCGGGUCCCCUCGCUGCAGCUGGCGAUGCUGGCCCGGGAGCGACUAGAGGACGUGAGGGACAAACUGGGGCUCCAGUUGUGCUUCGCAGUGCUGCUGGGAAGCCCGGCCACCGAGCUCAACCUACAGAAGAACUUUACCAACCGCCUCAAGGCGUGGAGAGGCUGUGAAAAUGAAGACUGGGUGCCACACACGUAUGAGGAUCUGGAAGGCCUGCCCUGCAUCGUCAUCCUUACAGGGAAGGACCCUCUUGGAGAAACUUUCCCCAGGUCUCUGAAAUACAGCGACCUGCGUCUGAUAGACUCCAGCUACCUGACUCGUACGGCCCUGGAGCAGGAGGUGGGUCUGGCCUGCACCCACGUGUCCAUGGGGGUGGUCCACGAACCCAAGAAGGCCAUGGCCCCCCGGGAAUCAGACGGAGAGAAGGCCACCACCAGCUUGAACGAUGGAGACGAGCUGGAGAGGCCUCAGAGCAACGGCAGCGCUGCAACCAGAACCUCUGGCUCUUUGGCAGAGAACGGUGUCAGCUCAUCGGACAUUGCCGACUCUUUCCAGAGGCCCUCCACCUCCACCUGCCCACCCGAAGGUGCCAUCACCUCAGACAUGGCCACAGGGACGCAGGGCUUCAAGCAGGAGUGCGAUUCCCUAGAAAGCCAGCUCUCCUCCAACCCCUCUAAAGCCUCCAAGGCCCCUCCCUCUCUUUACUCCAGUUCCUCCUCUUCCUCCCCAUCGUCCUCCUCCACGCAGAGGCCCAGCCAGUCCACACAGUGCGUUCGAGAGCCUAAGCCCACUCGGGUGUCACCGCGGACGGUAAUCAUGUCGCGGGCGGCAUACAGCCUGCUGGCGGGGGAGUCGGGGAGUCAGCUGAGCUCCUUCUCCCUGCUGCCUCAUGCAGACGUGGCCUGGAGCAGCCCGCUGAGGCCCCUCGUCACUCACAACCUGCAGGGGGAAGAGCGGAGCAUGUACUACCGCGAGUGGACCAUCGCCAGGCAGCAUCACGCCGAUUACGAAGCUCCAUCUGUGCCACAUCCAAGACGCAUGCUACUCAGUGGACCCCCACAGGUGGGAAAAACUGGUGCCUAUCUGCAGUUUCUUCGCAUCCUGUUUCGAAUGCUCAUCAGACUGUUGGAAGUAGAUGUGUAUGAUGAGGAAGAGGAGGAGGAAGAAGAGACUUCAGAGGUUACAACUCUCGUAAAAACCCAGCUGCCUGACAUUGAGGAAGUGCGGAAGCUGCCCUUUGACCCCUACCCCCGGGACCCUAAGUUCAGGAAGGCCAGCCCUGUUUACACUGACAAGAGGUCAAAGUGCUUAAAAGAUUUUAAGCAAGAAGGCAAGAGCCAAACGCCAGACAAACGAGUGACCAAGUCCAUACGUCUGAGCAGGUUUGCUGCCCACAAUGCCUUUCAUCACUGUGAACAGUGUCACCACUACUGUGAAGCAGGCCCCGCCACGCAGCUGUCGGAGUGCACCUUCCAUGCUUUCACCUUCUGCUCAUCCAUGCUGGGGGAGGAGGUCCAGCUCCAGUUUGUCAUUCCCAAAGCCAAGGAGCAGCACUUUGUUUUCAGUCAGCAGGGCAGCCACUUGGAAAGCAUGCGCCUGCCUCUGGUCUCCACCAAGGACCCAGAUCGGUUGAAGAGUCCGAUCUUCACCCCGACUACAGGACGCCAAGAGCACGGCCUGCUCAACAUUUACCAUGCCAUGGAGGGCGCCACUCAUCUGCACAUCCUGGUGGUCAAGCAGUUUGAGAUGCCCCUCUACAGAAAGUACUGGCCCAACCACAUCUUGCUCGUCCUGCCGGCUGUGUUCAACAACACGGGAGUUGGUGCUGCCCGCUUCAUGAUCAAAGAGCUGUCAUAUCAUAACCUGGAGCUGGAAAGAAACAGACUGGAGGAGCAAGGUGUCAAGAGGCAAGAUGUAUGGCCUUUCAUUGUCAUGAUGGACGACUCAUGCGUGCUGUGGAACACCCACCAGCCAGCAGACAGCAGCGAGACAUCGGACGGAACCAACGUGUCACUAAAGAUGGUGCUGCAGCAUAUGGAAAACACACCGAAGAUCUCCCUGUACGCAAUGUGCGGCACGCGCAGGUGGAGCAGCAGCCUGGCUCGCAAGUCUCCCAGCCAUCCCUUCAGCCGGUGUCACCUCCAUGACUUGGUCAUGCUUAAUGUGGACCUGACACAGAAUGUUCAUUAUGACCUUAAUCGGUAUAGCUGUGAGGAGGUGGACUUUAAUUUAAGGGUGAACAGUAGUGGGCUGCUGCUGUGUCGCUUCAACUACUUCAGCCUCAUGAAGAAACACAUUCCAGUUGGGGGAAACAAAGACUUCCUGGUCAAACCUAAACUCAUGGAUAUGGGAAACCCCACCUCAAUCAGCCCGCCACAGUAUGUCUGCGCCCCAGAUAGCGAGCAGACCCUCCUGGACGCCCCGGCCCAGUUCCUGCUGGAAAGGUUCCUGCAAAGCUGCAGCCACAGACUGUUUCCGAAGGCCGUUCAGAACAGAAGCAACCCAGUUCUGUCCAUUGACAGCUACCUCAACAUCAGCCCGGAGAUUUCUGUGUGCUACAUCAACUCUCGUCCACACUCCACCAACCUGAACCACCAGGGCCUGCUGUUCAGCGGCCUGCUGCUUUACCUCUGUGACUCCUUUGUCGUCUCCGGACUCCUCAAGAAAUUCCGCUUCCUCAAAGGCGCCACUCUCUGCGUGAUCUGCCAGGACCGAAGUUCUCUGCGCCAGACCAUCGUCCGACUGGAGCUGGAGGACGAGUGGCAGUUCCGCCUGCGGGACGAGUUUCAGACAGCUAACUGCAGCGAUGACCGGCCCCUCUACUUUCUGACUGGCCGCCAUGUUUGAACCUAAAAAACAGAUUUGAUUCCAAACCAGCCAGCGGUCACAAUUCUCGCCAUUCCAAUGGAAGGUCAGAGGGGAUAUGCUGGAGCACUAUAUCCAAAGUGCCCCACGAGUGGACGCAAGGCCACCUGAUAUGGCUUUCCUUUCAUCUGUACUACCACAGUGCACUACGACUGACUCUGAAGAGGGUCAGUGCGUGUUUUAACUCUUGCUUGUAGCUGGGAUUGUCUCCACUUUGCUGUGGGGGAAAACAUGGACGCUCUCGGAUCAACGAUGUGACUAUUUGAAGAUUGUAUUUGUACAUACAAAUGUACUUUGACUACAGUAUGUCCCAUUCUGGGCAUACGUGUUUAUCUCAGGUUUUUAAAGGGAGAUCCAAGGGAGGUCGCUUAAAGGAGUAAAGCUUUUUUUUUUUUUUCGUUCACCGUGUAUUUUUGAUUUGUGUUGUGCACCAAAGACAUCCUCAGCCUUUUCCCUUCGCUCUCCUCGUCCCUCCUCACCUGCUCUGCCUCUCAAACUCCACACAGCCUAUUGACUAUACAAGUCAGCUCACUGUAUUAAAUAGAUAUUAACAUAGAUGUUGACCUGUAUUGGAUUUCUCAAUCAUUUAAACUGCAAAUGGACUUCUGUCUUGUGCCUCUAAAGAUAUAUAUGUGUGGAAUCGAUAAUCCUUCUGACGGGGAGCUGAAUGUGGUUUUAGUAUCAAAAUGACUUGACGCGUGAAUCUAUCCAAAGACUUUUUCACAACUGAAGAAAAGUACAAGUUGUGUCCCUUCAAGAAUGUAGUACGUUAAUGUCCUAUUAAGGCUUGAAUAUACAACUAUGAAGCAGGUCUGUUGUCUGUAAAUGUUAAAUGCCAAACAGACGGACGUGGAAGCAAAACUAGUUCAGUUAUAAAUGUUUUGUAUUCAGGCGUUACCCGACUUGAAUACUGGGUAUUUGAAGCAUAAUCGCAUCAUGCUAGUCAAUGCUAUUUAAUAAGCCAGCCCUCUUCACUGCCAAAUAUCCUGCUGCUGACUACUGUGAUUUGAACCUCCUGUUACAAUGUUCUGAGGCUGAUUGUACAUUAAUGGUCUUGGCUACCAUCCACACAUUAACUCACAAUCUGCCAUAUUUUGUCCCCCCCAAAAAAACAUAGGGUCAAAAGCAGCUGAUCAGAUCAUUUCAUAUACUUGAAAGUAGAAUGUUUUUAUAUGUUUCUGCACAGGGUUGUCCAAAGAAUAUGCCUUUUUAGUGACGUUUCAUACAGUCACUGCUCAAGUCUUUAAAUUUUUCCGGACCAAUGACAAUGAAGAAACCAUUUAACUGUGAGACGAAGAAAUGUUGUGUGUCUGAGUGAAGCAAAAUGAAAUAAUUAGAUUUUGGACUACUGUACUGUUUAAAGCUUUGUUUACAUUAAUAAUAUAUUAUAUCAUCCUAUUAACCACUGAGGGUUACUGAUGUUUUUUUUAGACUUGUGUAACUUUUGCCAGUAUCUUUUGGUCAUGAUGUCUUUCUUCAUUUUACGUGAUGUUGCAAAGACGGGAAGAAUCUACCUAGAUGAGUCCUUAACCAAAUGUCUGUAUCCCUGCCUGUUCUUGUGUUGUGUUUUUAUUGAAAAUGAAAAUCAGGUCCAUUUGGGAUUCUUAUUUAUUUGACAAACAUUUUGGACGGAUAAUCAUAUUGAGGCGUAAUAUUUGAUUGCACGAGGGCGCGUGUUCUCUUCAAAACCAUCCAUGAAGGCUUUGCACAAGACCCAGACGAAUGAUUCUUAGAUCUACUGAAUGUCACUGGGGGUAGGAAAUGUGAACGUGCACUCUACAAGUUACCAGCAGGAAAAACAAAUAUUUCCCAUUGUUAAAUGAGCCCCAAAAUUUGUCCAAAUACAAGACUUGUGAUCCAAACUUUAACUUAAACGCCAAUGGUCCAUAGAAAGUGUCUUUUUUGUUUAUAAUUUAACACUUAAUAUGCAACUUGCUCUCACAAUCGUCACUGAAAUGUGUUUGAUAACCAUGUGCGGCCCAGUGGUGGCCUUGGUGUCCGGGUGAUCUACCUCAUGUUUACCGUUGUGGUUGCAGGCUGUGAACGUAUGAACGUAUUAGAGCCAUGCUAUUGUUGUUGAAAAUGUAUGAAUGUAAUAAAAUGACUUCGAAAAUCA